UGUGAUGGAGAGCAGCGUCCACCUGAGCGGCCUGCUGAGCCGCCAUGAUGACGAGGCCACCAGGACAUCCACCUCCGAAGGGCUAGAGGAGGGCGAGGUGGAAGGUGAGACCCUCCUCAUCGUCGAGUCAGAGGAUCAGGCCUCUGUGGACUUGUCACACGACCAGAGCGGGGACUCUCUCAACAGCGACGAGGGCGACGUGUCGUGGCUGGAGGAGCAGCUGUCCUACUUCUGUGACAAGUGCCAAAAGUGGAUCCCAGCCAGUCAGCUGAGGGAACAGCUCAGUUACCUUAAGGGUGAUAACUUUUUCAGGUUCACUUGUGCUGACUGCUCUGCAGAUGGCAAGGAGCAGUACGAGCGGCUGAAGCUGACAUGGCAGCAGGUCGUCAUGUUGGCUAUGUACAAUUUGUCCCUGGAAGGCAGCGGGCGGCAGGGCUACUUCCGUUGGAAAGAGGACAUCUGCGCCUUCAUCGAGAAGCACUGGGCCUUCCUGCUGGGCAGCAGGAAGAAGACCUCCACCUGGUGGAGCACUGUGGCCGGCUGCCUAAGUGUGGGGAGCCCCAUGUACUUCCGCUCGGGGGCACAGGAGUUCGGGGAGCCGGGCUGGUGGAGACUGGUGCACAACAAGCCACCCACUCUGAAGCCCGAAGGGGAGAAGCUGUCCAGCUCCUCGCUGAAGGCCAGAGCCUCAAAGCCUGUGCUGGACCCCAUCAUCACAGUGGAGGGGCUCAGGAAGCGAGCUGGCCGGAACCCUGUGGAGUCAGCCAUGGAGCUGAAGGAGAAGCGCUCUCGCACGCAGGAGGCCAAGGACAUCCGGCGGGCCCAGAAGGAAGCGGCCAGCUUUCUGGACCGCAGCCCAGCAUCCACCCCAGUCAAGUUUGCAAGCCGGGCCCGCCGGCCGGAUGUGGUCCUGGAGCGGGGCGAGGUGAUUGACUUCGCAUCGCUGAGCUCCUCAGACCGCACGCCGCUGACCAGCCCCUCGCCAUCUCCCUCGCUGGACUUCUCUGCGCCUGGGACACCGGCAUCGCACUCAGCCACACCAAGCCUGCUGUCGGAGGCCGACCUGAUUCCUGAUGCUAUGCCCCCGCAGGCAUUGUUCCAUGAUGAUGACGAGCUGGAUGGCGAUGGUGACAUUGACCCUGGAGUAGAGGACCCGCCGCCAUCCCUGGGGCCCGUGGCUUUGGGCCAGGGGUCCGCAGGCAGGAAGAAGGUGCGAGCCCCCGAGCACAUCAAGCAGGAGGUGGACAGUGAGGAGGAGAAGCCAGACAGGGCCGAUCUGGACAGUGAGGACACGGACUCCAGCGCAUCCCUGCAGCCCCGGGUGCGGGACAAGCGGAGGCCACCCCUUCAGAAGGACACGCGGCCCCAGGGACCCCGGUGCAUGCCCGCCAGCAUCUAUGAGGAGAAGCUGCUGCUGCGCCGGCUGGAGGCCUGUCCCGGCGCUGUGGCCAUGACACCCGAGGCACGCAGGCUGAAGCGCAAGCUCCUCGUCCGGCAGGCCAAGCGGGACCGGGGGCUGCCACUCUUCGACCUGGACCAGAUGGUCAGCGCUGCCCUGCUGCUUGUGGAUGGAAUCUAUGGAGCUAAGGAUGGGGGCCUGUCCCGGCUCCCGGCUGGACAGGCCACCUACCGGACCACCUGCCAGGAUUUUAGAAUCCUUGACCGCUACCAGACGGCCUUGCCAUCCAGAAAGGGCUUUCGGCACCAGACCAGCAAAUUCUUGUAUCGCUUGGUGGGCUCGGAGGACUUGGCUUUGGACCAGAGCAUUGUCAGCCCCUAUACUUCCCGGAUCCUGAAGCCCUACAUCAGGCGUGACUAUGAGACAAAGCCACCCAAGCUACAGCUUCUAUCCCAGAUUCGUUCCUACCUGCACAGAAGUGACCCUCACUGGACACCUGAGCCUGAUGCACCCCUUGAUUACUGCUAUGUCCGGCCAAAUCACAUCCCAACAAUCAACUCCAUGUGCCAGGAAUUUUUCUGGCCUGGCAUUGACCUGUCCGAGUGCCUACAGUACCCUGACUUCAGCGUGGUGGUCCUCUAUAAGAAAGUCAUCAUCGCCUUUGGCUUCAUGGUUCCCGACGUGAAGUACAAUGAAGCUUACAUUUCGUUCCUGCUCGUCCACCCCGAAUGGAGAAGAGCAGGCAUUGCAACCUUCAUGAUCUAUCACCUGAUCCAGACCUGCAUGGGCAAGGACGUGACCCUGCAUGUCUCUGCAAGCAACCCUGCCAUGCUGCUGUACCAGAAGUUCGGGUUCAAGACCGAGGAGUAUGUGCUGGACUUCUACGAUAAGUACUACCCACUAGAGAGCACCGAGUGCAAGCACGCCUUCUUCCUGCGGCUGCGGCGCUGAUGCAGCGCUCCCUGUAUACGUGUGUGGGGACAGCUCUGCAUAAGAACCCACAAGUGACCAGUGUACCCCAUGGGUGCAGCCCCUGAGGCAGCAGUGGGGCGGCCUCACCACCAUCACUCCAUCCUCUCUGGGGUGGCUUCGCCAGCCAAAUGUCACCUCCAUCAGCGGUGCUGCUGCAAGUGGCUGCCAUCCCCAGGCGCUCAGACAGAGCCCACCUUUUCCCAUCCAGGGUGAAAGUGGUGGCCAAGAGGUACCCAGUUGCCCCAGUAACAGGUGGGUCCAGAAGUGGCUGCUGACCUGUCCUUAAUAGAUGCUAUGUUGUCACUGAGUCCUGGAGGCUUCCAGGACCCUGGAGUCCUGUAUCUCUUUUGCUGACCUUGGUCACAGCCUGAAAGAAUAAAUGUCCAUGUUGCUUUCCC